GGCGGCGGCUCCCCUGGAGGCUGGGGAUGUGGGAGAGGCGGUGGCAGCAGCGGCGGAGGCGGCGCUGCGGACCCGGGGGAAACUGCUGGCUGACAGGACACCCGGGAGAGACGUGAGGGAGCCGCCGCUGCCGCCUCUCACCGCGGAGCGGAGCGGGGCUCCGGACGGCGGCUCUGCGCUCCCCUGGCCGACGGGCCGCCGGCGCGGGGCAGAGGCGGGAAGCCGGGCUCGGGCCGGCCCGGCUUGGGGCGGCGGUGGCCGCGGAGCAGCAGGCUCGGCGCGACGCGGAGGCUGGAGGCGGCGGCGAUGCACUAGGCCUCGCUCUGGGGCGGCUGCCCGGACCCGCAGUUGAGUGGUGAUUUUAUGCAAUGGCUUCAAGCCACAGUUCUUCACCAGUGCCUCAAGGAAGCAGCAGUGAUGUUUUCUUUAAAAAGGAGGUAGAUUCAACAAAACAUAUUCGACCUGUGCAGUCACUGCCAGAUGUCUGUCCCAAGGAACCCACAGGUGAUUCAAGUAGUUUAUGUGUUGCCCCAUCUCUAGUUACAGAUCAACAUAGAUGGACUAUAUAUCAUUCCAAAGUAAAUCUCCCAGCAGCAUUAAAUGAUCCUAGAUUAGCAAAAAGAGAAUCUGACUUCUUCACAAAAACAUGGGGAUUGGACUUUGUAGACACGGAAGUCAUACCUUCAUUCUACCUCCCACAGAUCAGCAAGGAACAUUUUAUAGCAUAUCAACAGGAAAUCUCUCAGAGAGAGAAGAUUCAUGAGAGAUGCAAGAAUAUUUGUCCUCCGAAAGAUACCUUUGACAGGACUCUUUUACAUACUCAUGAUAAAUCCAGGACAGAUCUGGAGCAAGUACCUAAGAUUUUUAUGAAACCAGAUUUUGCCUUGGAUGAUUCCUUAACUUUUAAUUCAGUUUUACCAUGGUCUCAUUUUAAUACUGCUGGUGGAAAAGGUAAUCGUGAUGUAGCCUCCUCAAAGUUGCUUCAGGAAAAGCUGAGCCAUUAUCUGGAUAUUGUGGAAGUAAACAUUGCUCACCAGAUCUCUCUACGUUCAGAAGCAUUUUUUCAUGCAAUGACCUCUCAACAUGAAUUGCAGGACUACCUCAAGAAAACUUCCCAGGCUGUAAAAAUGCUUCGAGAUAAAAUUGCACAGAUUGAUAAAGUAAUGUGUGAAGGAUCACUACAGAUUUUAAGACUGGCACUUACCAGAAAUAAUUGUGUUAAAGUAUACAAUAAACUGAAAUUAAUGGCCACUGUACACCAAACUCAGCCUACAGUACAGGUGUUAUUAUCUACUUCUGAAUUUGUUGGAGCAUUGGACUUAAUAGCAACAACUCAAGAGGUUCUACAGCAGGAACUUCAGGGUAUUCACAGUUUCCGGCAUUUGGGAUCACAGCUUUGUGAAUUAGAAAAACUGAUAAGUAAAAUGAUGAUUGCAGAAUUUUCUACUUAUUCUCAUAGUGACUUAAAUAGACCACUGGAAGAUGACUGUCAAGUUUUAGAAGAGGAAAGAUUAGUAUCUCUUAUAUUUGGACUUUUAAAACAAAGAAAACUUAAUUUUUUAGAAAUCUAUGGUGAAGAAAUGAUUAUUACAGCAAAGAACAUCAUUAAGCAGUGUGUGAUUAAUAAAGUUUUACAAAUAGAAGAAAUAGACACAGAUGUUGUUGUGAAGCUUGCAGAUCAAAUGAGAAUGUUAAAUUUUCUCCAGUGGUUUGAUCUAUUAAAGGAUAUUUUCUCUAAGUUUACAAUUUUCCUACACAGAGUUAAGGCAACAUUGAAUAUCAUUCAAAGUGUUGUUCUCUCAGUUCUUGACAAAAACCAAAGGACUAGAGAAUUGGAGGAAAUUUCACAGCAGAAGAAUAUUGCAAAAGAUAAUUCACUGGACACAGAAGUGGCUUAUUUAAUCCAUGAAGGCAUGUUUAUAAGUGAUGCAUUUAAUGAGGGUGAAUUAGCACCUGUAACAGUUGACACUACCUCUCAAAGAAAUGUAUCUCCAAAUAGUGAGCCUUGCAGCAGUGAUUCGGUAUCCGAACCAGAAUGUACUACUGAUUCUUCAUCCAGCAAAGAACAGACAUCAUCAUCUGCUACUCCAGGAGGUGUGGAUAUUAUGGUUAGUGAAGACAUGAAAUUAACUGAUGCAGAGCUAGGAAAGCUGGCAAAUAAUAUCCAGGAAUUAUUGUAUAGUGCCUCAGACAUAUGCCACGAUCGAGCUGUCAAGUUUCUCAUGGCAAGAGCAAAGGAUGGAUUUCUUGAGAAGCUAAAUUCCAUGGAAUUUAUAACACUUUCUAGAUUAAUAGAAACAUUCAUUUUAGACACUGAACAGAUCUGUGGAAGAAGAAGCAUGUCGUUAUUUGGAGCAUUGCAGAGCCAAGCUAGCAAGUUUGUAAAUAGGUUUCAUGAAGAGAGAAAAACCAAGCUCAGCCUUCUCUUGGAUAAUGAGCGCUGGAAACAAGCUGAUGUUCCUGCUGAAUUUCAGGAUCUUGUUGAUUCUAUAUCAGGUGGAAAGAUUGCUUUACCUGAAAAAAAAUCUGGGGCAACAGAAGAAAGGAAACCAGCUGAGGUUCUUAUUGUUGAGGGACAAGAGUAUGCUGUUGUUGGAACUGUAUUGCUGUUAAUAAGAAUUAUCCUUGAAUAUUGCCAGUGUGUGGAUAACAUCCCAUCUGUUACUACUGACAUGCUUACUCGUCUGUCAGAUUUACUGAAGUACUUCAAUUCAAGAAGUUGCCAGUUAGUUCUUGGAGCUGGGGCAAUGCAAGUUGUUGGACUAAAAGCAAUAACUACAAAAAAUUUGGCUCUUGCUUCACGAUGUUUGCAGUUAAUUGUGCACUACAUUCCUGUGAUCCGAGCUCAUUUUGAAGCUCGACUACCACCUAAGCAAUAUAACAUGCUUAGGCACUUUGAUCAUAUCACUAAGGAUUACCAUGACCACAUAGCUGAAAUAUCAGCGAAGCUUGUAGCGAUAAUGGAUAGCUUAUUUGACAAGCUGUUAUCAAAGUAUGAGGUGAAAGCUCCUGUACCUUCGGCCUGCUUCAGGAAUAUUUGUAAACAAAUGGCAAAAAUGCAUGAAGCUAUAUUUGAUCUUCUUCCAGAAGAACAAACACAGAUGUUAUUUUUAAGAAUUAAUGCAAGUUACAAACUUCACUUGAAAAAGCAGUUGAGUCACUUAAAUGUGAUAAAUGAUGGAGGACCUCAAAAUGGGUUGGUCACAGCAGAUGUAGCCUUUUACACUGGAAAUCUUCAAGCCUUAAAAGGCCUUAAAGAUUUGGACCUAAAUAUGGCUGAGAUCUGGGAACAGAAGAGGUGAUGACAUACUAGCCAUCUGGGUAGCUCAUCUCUGACCAUGGGGUCUUUCUGAAGAAAAUCUGAAUACCUGUGUUUUGAGAACUGAACCUGGAACACAAAGUGAACUGAGGUGGGGGAAGGGAAAAGGAAAGUAUCAGUGUUGGGAAACUGGAUUCAAGUGGGGUCUCCAAGGAAUGCCAUUUUUGUGCAUCCUUCAGUGAGGAGUAAUUGAUCAGGUGUCUAUAACAUUUUUCAUUCUCUCUGGAAACAGACUCAGGUUUCUUUGGACCAAAUCCAAAAGAACACAUAGCUGUAACACAGCUGUAGUUGACUAGAAUGCUCUGUAUACUUUAUAUUAAAAAUGCUUUGCAUUUCUUCCAGUGCAAUGAAAUUCAUAUGGUGUCCCACCUUAUUUAAUGAUGGUACAAUUUAAAAUAUUAAAAUCUUAGUCAACCUCUGUAGAAAGUUUUCUCUAUAAAAGUAAAGCUGUUUGAAAAAAAUUAUUUUUUUACAGAUCUUUCUAUAAAAAAAUAAACAUCUUUUGAUUGCUUUGAUUUAGAAAUUCAAUUUUUGUUUUAGUGACCACUGUCAAGUUAUAGGCUUUGUGUUUCAUAUUUAAUCUUUCUUCCACCACCAUAUGUCAACUGGGUAAGGCCUUCUAGAAUGGUCUAAAUAUGUGUAAGGCUGAUUACAGGUAAUAAAGAAUAAGAUAAUGGCAUUUAUUUAUGCAACUAGUAAUUUAAAUACUUUAUAGAAAUGGUAUACAGAAGGCUAUACUUUAAUAGCUGUAUUUUUUAUGAAAGAACCUAUGAAGGGUUUGGGUUUUUUCCCCUACUUUUUUUCUAGCACAGGUAGUAUUUGCAUACUGUGCCUACUUAUUAGUUCUCAUUUUAACAGAUAACAUAUGAAGCCCCUCCCCAUUAGAAGUUACUUUGGAUAUGUAUAUGAGGGAAGACCAGGGAGAAAUGGAACUUUUAAAAUAUAGACUGCUAUACUAUAGAAAUAUCUGGUGAUGAGUAAGUUAUUUAAAGAAUUUUAUAAUAUUUAUCUUUAAAAUUAAAAAUUAGACUCAGCAGCACUCUACAAAUGAAAGUGCCUGUGCCUCACCUCACACCAAGAAUCUUGCCUAACCCUGUCAGAGUGCCUAAUCUUGUGAUGAUUAUGUAUAAAAGUCUUAUUUUGUGUCUUUGUUUCUCAAAAGGAAAGAUACUUUCUUUCCUUUAUCAUUACAGAGGUAUGUCAUUGGUUCUAAAAUUGUCUAAAAUAAAAGUUGUAAAAAAUUA